GGGCCCGCCUUGACGCAAUCGUUCCGGGGAAGAGUGGUUCCUGAUACUCUUCAUCAAAAUGGCGGCUCAGGGUAUGUGGAGAAGAUGGCCUAAAUGUCGAGAAGUGUUGUGGCCUUCACAUCGAUGGAAAGAGAGAGAAAUUCGUCCUUUGUGUAGGAGAUUUAGUAUAGAAACAAAAGAAAUGGGUAAACGAUUUCCCUGGACUUUAUUGGGUUCAUUAGCUGUUGGUUUCUCCCUUGGAUAUCUGUUAUCCAAGCACAGAGAGAAUGAACUGGCUGGUAAUCGUAGCCUGACGGUUGCAGCAAAGACAAAAUUUCAGGAUGGGGUAAAUUCAGCCGAUUCUGGAUCACCCCCACGAUCUGCAACGUUCAACUUUAUUGCAGACGCUGUGGAAAAAGCUGCACCCGCUGUUGUGUACAUAGAAAUCACGGGACGACGCGCGGGAUUCGGGUUCAUGGGACACACAGGUCCCACUAGCUCGGGUUCUGGGUUUAUAGUAACUGAGGACGGUAUGCUUCUGACAAAUGCACACGUCGUAGAGAACGCUGCAAAAGUGACUGUGAAGCUAAAGGAUGGAAGGGAAUUUAGUGGCAUUGUUGUAGAUCUUGACUUUGAAAAUGACCUGGCAGUCGUGCAGCUAGAGUCGGAUAAGAAUAUUAAAUUCCCAACACUUACCCUUGGUUCAUCAUCUACAAUUAGACCAGGAGAGUGGGUUGUAGCUAUGGGCAGCCCUCUCCAGCUCAGUAACACUAUAACAGCUGGGAUUGUCAGUACAGUGCAUCGUGCAGGUGGAGAGAUUGGACUUCCAAACCCAGAGAUGGAAUAUAUCCAGACAGAUGCAGCAAUAAAUGUUGGAAACUCAGGAGGACCUCUGGUUAAUCUGGAUGGUCAUGUUAUUGGGAUCAAUGCAAUAACUGUAAGAUUUGCGAGUGGAAUUUCAUUUUCCAUACCUAUUGACACUGCUAAAGAGUUUCUAUCACAAGCAAUAGAGAGAUUUAAGAGUGGUAAACUCACACAGAACAAAAGUUUGAAGAGACAACUGGCUCCAUAUGAACGCUGGUAUAUUGGUGUCAGCAUGUUGACACUGACUCCACAGAUACUGGAGCAACUGCGGCGAAGGGACCAAAGUUUCAAUAAAGUGAAAUCUGGAGUGUUUAUUCCACAAGUUAACUAUGGAUCACCAGCACAUAGGGCUGGUGUGCUACCUGGUGAUAUAAUAACAAAAAUAAAUGGCAACAAAAUAGUGUCCAAUAAAGAAGUGUACCGACAUGUGAACAGAGGAGAAACCUUUGAGGUUGAAGUAAAGAGAGGGGAUAAGCAUCUCAAGUUCACCCUUGAACCUGAAGUUGUGGGAUAAAUUUUUGUUCAGGGCUUUUACACCUGCCUUGGCACAUAAUAAAUUUGAUUAAUAUUAAAUUUCCUACAGUUCUUCACUUCACAAGCUGUCUAUUUAGGAAGCCCAGUGUAAGAAAAUAUCCAAAGGAUAACCAACUAGGCAACAUAAUUUCACACAUCUCACUCCCUAUCAACCAGUUCCAGAAACUCACUAGAGGAAGUUUCAAAACUACCAUAAAUUGGUAAAAUGAUGUGCUCUGAUUCAAAUAAAAAGCAAAUUAUGAGGGAAUGAGCUGUCACACAUGGUCAAUGUGUUUGGUAGUGCAUUGUGAGGCAGAAGACAACUAAAUUCAAAGCAGGUGCCUCAUCUUAAAAUGUGUAUCAUUUUAAGCCUUCUCACUACCAAAAGGAGAAAGUUGAUCUAUUCAAGGGGAGGAAGAGUGACUAAUCAAAGAAGAGCAGGAAGUUUCUACCACUACUCAAAGUGUGAUUUUAGAACACCUUUUCAAUAAAGAAAUUCAAGAUCAAUAAAUGAAUCCAAAGUUUAUGAGUUUACACACCAAAAGACUUCCUUGAGAUUGGAAUCUUGAGUUUUGCAUACUUUUUCUAUGUACAGUUGUGCAUGUGAAAUUGUAAUAGUAUACAUUUUUGCUAAAAAUGUGUUGCAAAACAGAAAAGACAUCACACAUGUUUGUCUUGUUCCCGGUAAACAUUUUUAUUACAAAUAUCUGCAACAGUUGAAGUACAUAAUAUAGUUG